CACCACUUCCGGUCUGUAGGUUGAAAUGUCCUAGCGGUGUGACUCUCUAAAACGGUGUCUUUGGAUUGUUAAUAGUCUAUCAAACGAAAGUAUGUCUGUAUUUAAAAACAGCGUGUUGACUGGGCAUUGUUUUACAAUGUUAAUUGUUUUCUUUGCGAUGUUCGUUUUCGUUGACGGAAAAGAAUGCUUGAAACGUAGUUCUUGCUCAUGUGUUCAGGAUGAUGGUGGUAUAGUCGACCUUUCGCCCCUUGCUAAAACGGAUGGAUCGGCUUGGUUUGCUUCAAUUAAAGACAAUUUCACCAUUAGUAACCGGUUUUUCUGGAACCCUUGCAACAAUUUCACUGAAGGCUCGUGUGUCGAUGUGGCGGUAUGCAGAGAAGCAUCCAAUAUACCCAAUUCAACGUAUUACAACGUGGGAACACAGGAUUCUGCCUUUUUUAUAUACAAAGAGGAUACAGAUUUAGUUCUAGGAUACCAAGGUGACGACAGUACAACUGUUAUUACCCUGUACUGCACAGCCAACGCAAUAGACGACAUCACGGUCAUUGGAGAGAGACUCAAUGGCUCAAAGAUUUAUGAAAUGGAACUGCGAAGUGUCCACGCAUGCGCGAUGUAUCCUAUUUCCCCACCUAAUGGUGACAGCGGUGGUUUGUCGGCCGGAUGGGUGGUAUUUAUAGUGUUGUUGGUGUUGGUGUGUGGCUAUUUCCUGAUAGGCACUGUCUACAACGUCGUACACAACAAAGCGGAGGGUGCUGACGCCAUACCUCACAUCGGUCUGAUGAUGGCCGGCUGUUCCUACGUUAAGGGUUGCUGUUCCAGCCAAGACAAGAGUCGUUCCCAGUAUUCGAGUGUAUGAUGGACGGAAGAGAGUAGAGAGAAGUCACGAAUGAACUUACUAUUUUUAUUGAACCAUGAGGUCAUUGACAAACGUAUUGAACAACAAUACAGCAGACAUUUUGUAUAUGGCAUUAGAGCGUACUUGUAAGAUAUAUGUCAUAUACUGUAAACAUGGAAAUUUACGCGAGUGAGAAAUUCAUGCUAAUUACGCGAAGGCCAUUCAGUCGCGAAAAUAAAUUCCUCACGCAUCAUUUUAUGAUUGGAACAAAUGAAAAAGACAAAUAUCUCGUAAAUACCCCCUGCGUUUAGAUUACCUAUCGCAAUCGCGAGAAUUUUACAGUAUGCCAGGCAUAUUUAUGAAUGCAAUGUUCACCUCAAAUGCUCAGACGAACCAUUGCUUGUUCGAAUUUUGUAAUUAUGUCAUGACAUCCGAAAGUAUUUAUGUCAUCAAAAAAUAAUUAUAAAUCCAAAAGUAAUCAUGUUAUCCAAAAAUAAUUUUGUAAUCUUCCUAAAAAACAAACAUGGCCCUUAUUUUGAAUAUCAAUUUAGAAUGAUUAAACAAAAUGUAAGAUUUAAUGAAUUAGUAAUAAUUAUGUUUUUCUUUGGCAGAUUAUACAAUUUCUGUAUUUUCAGAAUUUAAUUUUAUUUACAGUUAUUUGUUAAGUUUGUCAUUUCCUGUACAGGAAAUAGUUUGAAAUAUUAAAGGAUGUAUCAUGUUA